ACGACAAAAAAGCAAAGAUCAUGGAAGAAGUAGCUCCAGCUCCAGCCACCACCCCGACUAAAGCGGCCAAGAAGAAGAGCAACAAGCCCAGGAAGCCCGGAGCCAGCGUCAGCGAGCUGAAUGUCAAGGCUGUGGCCGCGUCCAAAGAGCGUAAAGGCGUCUCUCUGGCCGCCCUCAAGAACUCUCUGGCUGCCUGCGGCAACGAUGUGGACAAGAACAAGGGCCGCGUCAAGCUCGCCGUCAAGAGCCUGGUCACUAAGGGGACUUUGGUCCAGACCAAGGGCACCGGCGCCUCCGGGUCUUUCAAGAUGAACACGAAGAGCGAAGCCAAGCCCAAAGCCGCCGCUAAGGUUAAGAGGGUCAAGAAGCCAGCAGCGAAGACGCCUGUAGUGAUGAAGGCAUCAGCACCCAAGAAAGCUGCAGCCAAGAAGCCCGCCGCCAAGAAAUCCCCCAAGAAGCCCGCUAAGAAGGCGACAACUCCCAAGAAGGCAGCAAAGAAACCCAUCAAGAGCUCCAAGAAGGCGGCCAAGAAAGUACCCAAGUCCCUAGCUAAGAAGGCACCCAAGAAGAAGUGAUUCUGUUCAACAUUUCCUUUCAAAAAGACUCUUUUAAGAGCCACCACAUCACCUUCAAAGAGCAACAUUUCUC